GUGACGCGGUGAGCCGAGGAGUCCACAUAUUUUUCGGCCUGCCACUGCUAUUCCCUUCCCUCACCUGACGCGCACGCACACCACUACCGCAGCGCCCGGAGCAGGAGCACGCCGCCGGGUCACCGGAAUCCGCAGCUUCCCCGCUCCCGUCCGUGUCUGGAUCCGAGAUCGGCCCAUGGCUGGGCCACCGCGCUCGUGGAAGAACCUCCCGCCGGAGCUCGCGGGCCUCGUGCUCGGCCGCCAGCUGCCCUCCCACGUCGAUCGCUUCCGCUUCGCCGCCGUGUGCCCCCAGUGGCGCUCCACCGCGCGGCAGGUCCGGUUGCCCCCUCCUCUGCCGCUGCUCGCUCUCAAGAACGGCAGGACGUUCUACAGCAUGCCCUCAGGUAGUAGCAAUCGGAUCGCAGUGUGCCGUCCAGGGGCGUCCUUGCGGUCAGUAGCAUGGGACCUAUCUUUGCGGAUUACUGACAUGGCAUUCUACCAGGGAAAGCUCUAUGCUCUUGAUUAUGGCGAGGACCUCUUAGCUUUGGACAUCAGUCUGGAUGACAACACCGGCGACCCACAGGUUUCUCGGAUUGGGCAGGUCAUCAAGGUUAACUAUUUUGUUGAUCUCUUCUCGAACAAAUUUAAUGAUCCCUUGAUAUUCAAGAGGAUGCUCUACCUGGUUGAAUCGGGUGGCUCAUUGCUGUUGGUACGCAGAAGCAUUUUCCAUAGUCAUGUUAACGGCAAAGGACAGAUACACUUUUGCUGGACCGUGUGAGCCUGAUGUUGCAGUAUUCGUGGCUGACUUCGCGCAGUCACGGUGGGCCAAGGUGACGACCCUAGGGGAUGAUCAGGCGCUGUUUUUAGGGCCAUGUUCCAGGCCUGUUUGCAUGCCUCAGUGUGACUCGACAGGCAAUCGUGUCUGGUUCUUGGAUGACUACAAGGACUUUCACCGCUGUGGGGAGGAUCUGAAGAGCAGCUCAAGUUCUGACAUCAGUGGCAUGGCAUAUCACCGCAAGCCCUUCUCCCCUCUUCCCAUGAUCCUGUAGAGAGACUACCUGGGGGGCGCAGGUGCAGCCUGGCUCUUCCCUUCAAAGUGAUGUUGUUCUUUUGAAAGUUGGUACAAUCGAAGCUGUUAAGUGCAUCAUGUGCUUCUCUGAUCGUAGUACGGUGGCCUGCUGGCGUCUGCAAUGUUGACUUACUGUUGGAUAAUUGUGUCAUGCUCGACUUAGUGAAUUUUUUUGAACUUGUGAUAUAUAGAAUCCUGUCAGGUGUUGUUGACCUAUUCUGUUAGCUUAUCUUUAAGGGCAGUAUUUAGCCAUGGAAGUAGGUUCUAUCUUGGAACGCUGUCAUCUUGAAUCGUUUGUAUGACUUGACAGGUGUAUGGAUUUCCUGUUGUGUUAUGUUAGGUUCCGUUUGUUUCUUUAGGAGCUCCUAAAAUUCUUGUCACAUCGAAUGUUUAGAUACUAAUUAGGAGUAUUAAACAUAGACUAAUUACAAAACCAAUUGCACAGAUGGAGACUAAUUUGCGAGACGAAUCUAUUAAGUCUAAUUAGUCUAUGAUUUGACAAUGUGGUGCUACAGUAAACAUGUGCUAAUGAUGGGAUUAAUUAGGUUUAAUAGAUUCAUCUCGGGAAUUAGCCUGUAAUUAGUUUUAUAAGUAGCUCAUGUUUGGUCCUCCUAAUUAGCCUUCGAAUAUUCGAUGUGACUUGAAUUUUAGUCCGGACUAAAGAUUCAAACACCUCCUAAGCGUGUCAUUUGAUGUAUGCAUCCAGUGGAUCUUGUAGAGUUGAAGUGAGGUGUUUAUGUUGAGAUGGUUGGUGUUUCUGACAGCUUCAAAAGGUUGGUGACUGAUGCUCCAACCACAUGUUUCCGAGAAUAAUGAAAACUGUGUAGGCCCUCUCUAUGAAUUAUCACUGUGUGACUGAAUAAGAAUUCCGUAUGUAUUGGUUUAUUCACUAUGCAUGUAGUCAUGUACUGUAUCAUACUUGCCAAAGAUGCCUAGCAACAUUGUGUGCCACAUUAGUUGGUACCUUGAAGCAUAGGGUGGUUCUGGUUAUCCCCUUGUGCAGGUUGCUGCUCCAGGUAAGUCAUCUCAUGUUUGAAACUUUGAAUAACGGAAGCUGGCCGGCUAAGUGUAUCCGUACUUGUCCUGAUUGCAGAUUUGCAGUAUGGUGUGGCUACUGGUGCAUUUCUGUAACAACAUUACUAUGAGUUGGUUGUCAUGGCCAAUUUUGUGAACCACGGAUGAAACUUUGUGGUAGCAUCGUAUCAAUCAGCUGUGACCUGUUCUGUUA